UUUUGUAUUCUGUUAGAUUUGUUACUGACUGGAUAUUGUGAACAAGAAUUCCUAUGUACAAAAGGUAAAACCUCUUUAAUUUUGAAGCGUGUAACAUUCGGGGCUACUCUGUUGAACAGGCUCUACACUCCCGAUAAGUCUCCGGCAAUGAAGCAGCUCAUGCGGAAUAAAUGUUGCACGAAUUUAAAUGUACAGAAAGAGUAAGGGAAGCGACAGCUGGUGCACGUCGGGCUUCCGAUCCGUACGUAAUACACCGCAUUCAUACAUACCAAGAUCUUCCAAAUGUAUUAACCCUAAAAGAAUGAAGGAGCCUUAUCAUUACAUGUACAUUUACAGAAACAUUUACGGACUGCUUAAAGGCAAUCGGGAUACUCGGAAUCCUGCGAGUCUCGCUACCACGUGUAAAGCACGUGACGUAGUCCAAUCGGAUAGGCUCGCCUAUGAUCGGAUCUGAUCGGCUAAACUCUGGACAUAAUCGGAUCGACUCGGAUCGUUACGCCCACUCGGUGCGCUCGGCGCCUCGUAACCAGAACCAGGCAGUCCGCUGAUCCCGCGCACACCUCGGGGAGCCGGUGCUGACGGGUAGCCGUCGCGCACUCCAGGUCGCAUCGAAGCCCGUCAUCAUAAGCAUGAUCCUCGGUGUUGGGGAUGCUAGCCUGCUAGGCUGGCUAAUCCGGAGAAUGAUAUGAUGGAGACGAUCGCGGAGUGGACUGACUAGCCCGGGGAUGCCCGAUUCGGCUCGUGUGAGCUGAAUCAAACGGAUCAAUUCUUGGGUUCAGACUGCAAGAUGUGGCUUGCAUGGCGGAUUACUUGAUCAGCGGAGGCACUGGCUACGUCCCAGAGGAUGGGCUCACUGCCCAGCAGCUCUUCUCCAUCGGAGAUGGCCUCACGUACAAUGAUUUCCUCAUUCUACCAGGUUUCAUCGACUUCACGUCUGAUGAAGUGGACUUGACCUCUGCUCUGACCAGGAAAAUCUCUUUGAAGACUCCACUGAUCUCCUCACCCAUGGACACUGUGACAGAGUCGUCUAUGGCCAUUGCCAUGGCGCUCAUGGGAGGCAUCGGCAUCAUCCACCACAACUGCACACCCGAAUUCCAAGCCAACGAGGUGCGGAAGGUCAAGAAAUUCGAGCAGGGCUUCAUCACAGAUCCCGUGGUCAUGAGUCCGCGUCACACCGUCGGUGACGUCUUUGAGGCCAAAGUGCGGCACGGCUUCUCCGGGAUCCCUGUCACCGAGACGGGCAAGAUGGGCAGCAAGCUAGUGGGCAUCGUAACCUCGCGCGACAUCGACUUCCUGUCCGAGAAGGACUAUGGCCGCGCCCUGGAGGAGGCCAUGACCAAGAGGGAAGAUCUGGUCGUUGCACCUGCGGGGGUUACCCUGAAGGAGGCCAAUGACAUUCUGCAGCGCAGUAAAAAAGGGAAGCUGCCCAUUGUGAAUGACAGUGAUGAGCUGGUGGCCAUCAUCGCUCGCACGGACCUGAAAAAGAAUCGAGAUUACCCGCUGGCCUCCAAGGACUCGCGUAAGCAGCUGCUGUGUGGCGCUGCCAUUGGGACCCGGGAGGACGACAAGUACCGACUGGACCUGCUCAUGCAGGCCGGUGUGGAUGUGGUGGUUCUGGACUCCUCGCAAGGCAACUCCGUUUAUCAGAUCAGCAUGAUCAACUACAUUAAGCAGAAAUCGCCCGAGCUCCAGGUCGUCGGGGGCAACGUGGUGACAGCAGCGCAGGCCAAGAACCUGAUCGAUGCCGGUGUGGACGCCCUUAGGGUGGGGAUGGGCUGCGGUUCCAUCUGCAUCACGCAGGAAGUGAUGGCAUGUGGUCGGCCGCAGGGCACCUCGGUCUACAAGGUGGCGGAGUAUGCGCGGCGCUUCGGGGUGCCUGUCAUCGCUGACGGCGGCAUCCAGACCGUGGGCCAUGUGGUCAAGGCGCUCGCCCUGGGGGCGUCGACCGUGAUGAUGGGCUCCCUGCUGGCUGCCACCACUGAGGCCCCCGGCGAAUAUUUCUUCUCGGACGGCGUUCGCCUGAAGAAGUAUCGCGGCAUGGGCUCACUGGAUGCCAUGGAGAAGAACAGCAGCAGCCAGAAGCGCUACUACAGCGAGGGAGACAAGGUAAAGGUGGCCCAGGGGGUGUCCGGCUCCGUUCAGGACAAGGGAUCCAUCCACAAGUUUGUCCCCUACCUGAUCGCUGGGAUCCAACAUGGCUGCCAGGACAUCGGGGCCAAGAGCCUGUCUAUCCUGCGGUCAAUGAUGUACUCCGGGGAGCUGAAGUUUGAAAAGAGGACUAUGUCUGCGCAGGUGGAGGGGGGCGUGCACGGCUUGCACUCGUAUACCUAUGUUCCAUUUGGAGCACAAAUCCCACCUCUGUGCUCCAGUGUGAGCUCCGUUACGAGAAACGGCUGUACUGAAAGCGGAGAGAAUGCACUGACAAGGGCCGCCGCUGGGGCCACAACCACAACUGUGCCCAGACAGAACGGACACCUCUGAACAGCAUUUCACUACAGACAAUCUGCGACCUGCGGACAAUCAGGGCUGAGACGCCCCUCCCUUACCCCUCCGGUGUCACCCCUGAGACACACGUUAAGCUUUACCCAAAGGAAACGCCACAAUAAUUAGCCACCAAAACAACGAUGCCACACCCUGAAUCCUGGCAACCCCCUUUUGUUAGUGGCUUAUGCUACAUGGUGCGUGGCUGCAUUUCCCAUGAUGCUGUGCGACAGCUGAACACUGCCUCGUGGCUGGUGGGCUCUCGACUGCCCCAGCCCAGAUACAGACGUCCUCUCCCUGGCUUCCUGAAGUACAGCUAAGCUUUCCACGCCUUCUGGAUCCUUCCUCUGAGCCCCACUGCAGACAGGUUUGGGAGGAGCCAUGUCGCCUGGAUGUUCCUGGGGGGUCAGGAGUGACAGGGCGCUAACCGAACGCUCCAAUCGUGGUGUUUCAAAUGAUUAUAUUAUAAAAUUUAUUUUCAGUUCCCUGUUAUUAUGUGUGUCAUGUUGGUGGUUGUGGCACGACGUAAAUCACAGCCACGAGCAGAGAGCAUCGCUAGGCUCCAUCAUCACGUUAGGGUUGUUGUGGAGAUUCUCUGUUUAGCAGUUUAAACAGAACGUGACGUUUCAUUUUUCGGUGGUUUUAUCUGACCGCGUUGCCACUUUGCUGGCGCCUGCCGUAGACUAUUUGCGGCCAACAGCAGGGGGAGGAGUGUCCCGCGGGGGGCUCUGCUCUCGACCGGGGUCUGUGUCUCUGUUGUCCCGACCAGAAGUCAGAGUCAGCAAUGGUACAAUCUUUUCAUUUAGUUACAGUGUGUCAGAUCACAUUUAAGAGAGAAAUUAAGGGCUCCGGCUGCAGUCUGGUCCCGCUGCGGGUGUCAGUGUGGGACUCGGCAGCCACAGCCCUCCUAAGACCCACUGUCUUGCUGCCUCACGCGCUUUUUCUGCGUCCGCUGCAUAGGUCUGUAUGUCCCCCAGCAUCGUGGAUCGGCUUUUAUGCUUUUUUACACUAUAUAAUAUCUCCACUUAUAUCCUGUCUUUCUUUAGACUGAAUCUUAUAUAUUGUACAAAAAAUAAAGUUCCCCUUUUAAAACUUCUUCAGCUGCA